AUUAUCUUUGCUUCAAAAUGAAAGACACGACUUAAAAAUACUGCAAUUUCUUCAUUAUUUACUCCCUUGCAUUUACACAUUUACAUCACAGUAUCGUAUUCGCAAGGCUUAGAAAUAAAUGAAUAGCCUAGUCCUUUUCGUUUACUAAUAUGUCUUCUUAAAAGAAAUCGUUUGCACAGAAUCAAUUUAACAACAGAACUGUUGCAGCCUUUUGUGCCAUGACGCAAGUAGCAGUAGUUCCGAGUCUUUCGUACCCACCAUUCUAUUCAGUACUGCACUACCAAGUACCAAGCGAACUCGAUAAUACCGCGCAGUGGAUUCGAUUGUUAAUUGUGAUGCUUAUAUUAUUGUCAUGGAAACGUUCUCGUGCUUCUAAAGUUCUAAUAGUAGGUAGGUUACAUUCUUGCAGUUAACAUCUCUUGAAUCAAAAUUCUCGUGCCAGUGGAAUGCCAUUUUUAAAAAGCACGGAGAAGAAACUCUCUGUUAGUCAACGACGGGAAAUCGCGUCGUAUAAAAAUGGUCUUCGCUGUAAAAUUUUUAAUAUUUCCGGCAACACUUACAAGGGAGAGUGGAAGAAUAACGAGAGACACGGCAAAGGAAUAUUCUUAGAGACAUCGGGCAGACGAUACGAGGGCGACUGGGAGCAUGGACUUCGACAUGGAUAUGGUAUCCAGAGCCAUAUGGAACCCCAUUGCUUACACGCAAUAGAAUACACUGGCGAAUGGUACGAAGGAAAACGACAGGGUCAGGGAAUAAGUUAUUAUGCUGAUGGGAGCUAUUAUGAUGGUGCUUGGUUAGACAAUAAACGCCAUGGCCAUGGGCGUAUGUGGUUUGCUGAUGGAACAUUCUAUGAAGGUGAAUGGAAAAAUGACCAAUUUCAUGGCCUUGGACUUUUUGCCUAUGCUAAUGGAAAUCGCUAUGAAGGAGAAUGGAAAUGUGGUCUUAAGAAUGGAUGUGGUCGAUACUAUCAUUUGGACAGUGGACAGUUGCAGGAAGGAGUGUGGGUUAAUGGAAACUGUUCCUGUAGUACCAUGACCGAUAUAUACUAUCGGCAAACAGCUAAGGAUCCAACACAGUAUCCCAUUCCAGAGUGCUGUAUACAGGAAUCUGACAGUUUGUAUCAGAGCUGGAAAGAGUCCCUACUUUAAAAACAUUAGCUGUGAUGGUAAGACAAUAAUACACACAGAAGAAGUAGCAGCUGAUAGAGCACUUGCACACUGGAGCUGUUCUGUGAAGGUACAGAGGCCAUUAAUUGUCAUGGACACUUCGUAAAUGAAGCAACAUACUUGAUUCUGAUUACACUAAUUAUGUCUCACAGUGAAGAUCAUUGUUGCUCCUAAGCGCCAUAGUUAUUUUGUAUGUGUGAGAAGUAGGUAACAAAUAUAAAUAUUUGGGAGAUCCAUUCGAUUUAAAUGUGUAAGUGAAUAACAUUUUGUCUUAGCGGUGUUCAUUUUUGUUUGGCAGAGAAACAUAAAUUAAAGUGUUAUUAAUUUUUGAAGCAAGAGACGUGCAGUAAGUAAUAUUUGUGGUACUGUUGUGUGGUGUGAUAUAAAUUUUAAGUUGUGUCAGAUAUAAUGGGAUUUCAGGCAAGAAUUUUUGUAUUAACCUUGUGUUACAUCUUGUCAUUGUCGCUGAAACACUAUCAUUCUUGUAAACAUAUUAUAAAUAGUGAGUAUCUGAUAAGUUUUACUAUUGUUACCAGUUACUACUAUGUAAACCCAAUAAAUAUCAUUGUUUUCUUUCACAAAAUUACUCGUGAUUAAAGAAUUAUAAUUGUAGUCAUCUACAAA